GACUAACAGCUGAUUUCCUGACAGUGCAGACUGCACAGCCUCUUAAAAUCCUCGUACUUGUUUACAGUUACACAGUACAUUUUUGAAGGCUAAUCCAGUGGGAAGUCAAUUUUGUGAAAUUUUUAAAGUUUGAAUACUUUCAAAAUGUCAUAUUAUCGACUGUGCAGUUUACUGAGAAUGCAGUAGCUGAGUGAUAAAGAAAAAAAUAACAUUUAACACUUGUGAUCGAUUUGGAAAAAUGGCUAUUUUCCGGAAAGAUCCUUGCGGAUUUUUCUGCAUCCUCAUGACAUAUGGUGCAGUACUGUACGCAGAUUAUGUUGUUGUACGCUGGAUUAUCCUACAGACUAUGCAAGGAUCUUUGUGGGGAAGUGUUCAUGUAUUCUUGUUCAACACAAUUAUACUUCUUCUCUUCCUUUCUCAUGCAAGAGCUGUUUUUUCAGACCCAGGUAUUGUUCCUCUUCCAACACACAGAAUAGAAUUCUCAGAUAGUCAUUCAGAUGGGGGCAGUAUAGCACCCAGAGAGGACUGGACUAUAUGUACAAGAUGUGAGAUGUACAGACCUCCUCGAGCUCAUCACUGUAGAAUCUGUAAACAUUGCAUAAGAAAGAUGGAUCACCACUGCCCUUGGAUUAACAACUGUGUUGGAGAACGAAACCAGAAAUAUUUUAUUCAAUUCCUUCUGUAUGUUGGAUUAUUAUCAAUGUAUGCUGUAUGCCUAGUUGCCUGGUCCUGGUAUACUGAUUGCCAGGGUUGUGCUAAGGAGCUGAUGAUUAGACAAACUAGAAUUCUUCACUCCGUCCUCCUCGUAAUGGAGUCCUUUCUCUUCGGCAUGUUCGUCAUCGCCAUCGGUUGCGAUCAGUUCGAAGCAAUCCUUUCAGAUGAGACGAUGGUUGAACAAGUGAAGAAACAGGGCUCCUUCAGACCAAGGAAACCUAAACUAGCUUUACUAGCUGAAGUGUUUGGCCGAGGACACCCUGUAAUGUGGGUUUUCCCUUGUGAAACAGGACAAAGAUACACUGUGGAACCUAUUCUCAACUAUGACGUGUAAUCUCGUGAUGCAAUAAGAAAAAACAUGUAUUUAUCAAUACUGGAACAAUAUGUACGUGAUGUAUUAUUGGAACAAUCGUCAUGUGUUGCUAUUUUGGAACAGUAUGUACGUGAUUCAUUACUACGGUUGUCACGUGGCACUGAGUGAUAAUGAAACAAUUAUUUUUAAAGCAAUGAAACAAUUGUAUUAGCGCUGCAAUUAUUAAAAAACUUCUCACGUUAUGAAGCAUUGGGACAAAUGUCACGUGAUGCAAUACUGAAACAAUUUUCAAUUAAAAUGAGAUUGGUCUCGUAGCAGAACAUGUUGUCACAAUAUACUUCAUCAAAACGCUUUUUAACGCAACGAAACGCACUACUAAUUGUUACAUAUUAUUAUUCUAACUUUUGGCAUGCUUACAAUUUCCACGUGAACGUUUAAACCUGAUGCAUUGUUUAAAUGUUUCUGGACAUUUAUCAAGUGUUGCAUUAGAUCUUGAAUUGUGAUUGGCAAAAUAAAUUCCUAUUGUUUUAAACACAUUUUUAUCAAACUUGAGUCCCAAAACUAUGUAAGCUUUCUCUGAAAAUUAAGAUUCUUAAAAAUUUGAAAAUGCACAUUUAACUUGAGAAACAUAAAAAAGUUUACUUUCUAAUGUUUUGUAUCUUUCUAAACAAGUAUUUUAUUUAUUUUGUUCCUACUGAUUAAUUGCAUUUAAUACUGAUACAUCAAUUAGCACUUUACGUAGUCACAGAUUUUUAUCUUUAUUUCACGGGUUCACGGGUUCAAGGGUUCUUUUACACUCCUUACACUCACGCGCGCAUAAUUUAGCUUUUUUUUUUACAAAAGUACAUUAUUGGACUAAAUAUUUUAAGCAUCUUUUUAUGUGAUAUGAUGCGCUAUUGAUUUUAUUUGUUUUAUCAGAGUUGUACAUUUAUGAAUUAGGUACGACUGGUAAAAAUGAAAAAUGUUCACAUUUUUAAUUCUAUAUUUUACUGUUAAUUUGAUAUUUAGAUAAUAUUUUGAACUUCUUGCGUAGAAUUUGUGUUCAACAGAUCUGCAAUGUUAACCCUGAAUUAAAAAUAUCAGCUUUUUUAGAAGUAUAGAAAAUAUCAUUUUAGGAAACUUGGAUAUUUUUAGUACAGUGACAGGCGUAUAUACGUAUCAGUAUAGAAAAUGACUAGUUUCUAUUACAGGUUUGCUUUCUAACAGUCUAGUUCUGAUUUCAGGGUUAACUAGUGGAUACUCUUAAUAAACAGAAGAAUUCUUACUUUAAAUUACUACUAUACGACUAAAGGAAGCCAUAGAUUUUACUGACCACGUGUACGCCUUUGACAUAUAAACUUUACAAGAAGAGACCUAAGGAGAAGCAAUGGACUAUACUGAUAUGUACUUGUACGCCUACAUGAAUACGAAUUAUUUGUUUCCCCCUUCCUGUUCUCCGUGUUUUCUACAGGUUUUCACUCACAAAGUUUGAGACUGUGAUGCAUUAAAUACUACCUGAAAUUCUUCAAAUAUCACGAUCCUAAGCUAAUGUUGAAUCCUCUGUUGUAGAUGUAGUAUUUUAAUGGUUUAUUUCAGGAGAUGGCACUGAAAGAAACAAGUGUAAAUGCGUUAGGAAUCAUGAAUGUAAGAAAACGAGCAAUAUAAAUUCUGUACAGUCGGUUCUUAGUCUCAUCCUUUGUGGGUAACCCUGUAUCUCACAAAUUUAAGUAUUUUGUCCGAAAAAAUAGUAUUAAAACUGCAUGGUAAAGUAUUUUUCUUCAUUUUCAAUCCCUGCUUAAGAAUUUAUCUCCAAAUUGUUUCAAGGAAUUUGUCGAUCGAGAAAAAAAACUUUUUUCAUAGAAUGUCACAGUAAAGUACUACUCUAAAGCCAAGUAUUGAUAUAUGCACUCAGUGCACUUUAAUGAUUAAAUAAUAUUACAAAAUAAUAUAAUGUAUUUUUUAUGUUGAUUUUUAAAUUAAAUCUGAAACUGUC